CAGUAGAAAAAGAAGAGGCUAGCAACAGCCCAUCGUCUCUCACUAACUUGAAUGUGGCUUUUUUCAUCUCCUCUUUGUUUUAUUUUGCCUGAACUGAGCGUCAGAUUAAAUCCAUACACCGUAAAGCACGCAGACACUGAGCUGUGACAGCGGAUACUUUCUCCAGAACAAUUUCGUACCGCAGUUUGGUCGCAGCCCGGCGGUGCUGUCAUCUCUACACUGAGUGAGGAACGAUGACUGAUGAUAACAAUAUUAGUCACAACCUGUCCGGGUUUCCCCCGAGUUUGCACAACGAGGACGAGGCUGUGGCGAUAGAAAAUGCCAUCAGGGCGGCUGUCACCACCGUGAUGAACGUGAUCUGCAGCGCCUGUAACCGCAGGGUGGCGGAAUACCAGAGGAUGGUGGCCGACAGGGACUCAGAGAUCAGGAGGCUGCAGGGCAAGUUGGAGCAAAGUGAGAGUGAGGUGAAGAUGUUGCGUCUGGAGGUGGGGAGGAGGCCUGAGGAUGGACGCUCCUGUCCGGUCACACCUAAUGCAGGGGCACUACACCCUGGUGAGGCUGCCAGAGGCUCUAAUAUCCAAAGUGUAGGUGCGUCAACACCCACACAAAUUUCCCCCAAGUGCCAUGACACAGCGGAGGCUUUUCCCCACCAACAUGCCCAGCCUGAGAAACCUUCAUGGGAGGGUGGAGGAGCAGCUGGAUGCAUCACGUCCCUGGUUAAAGAGGAACCCUCUGACUUGGAGACGGUCAUCAAAUGGGAAGUGUGUGAGGGGAGUUUGCUGGAGGGUCAACGUGGAGCUGAGUGUGUGCACAAGGAAAAACCUGCAAAGAGAGACAUGCAGACUGAGUGUGAGGCAAAAACUGCUAAUCCACAGGCGAACAAAUUGAUGGCAACAGAGCAUGAGCAGGAACACGCUGCCCAUCUGAAGAGGAGAGGGGGGGAAAGAAACGGAUACCACCUGCCUGAGAGUGAGGAAGAGGAGGUUGUUGUGAAGAAACCUUGUGUGACCCAUCCCUCUGCACUGAAAAUAACUGCUCCAAAACACAGUCUGGCAGAUGUCAGCUCCCCACAGACACACAGGCAGAGCUUAAAUGGCUCCCUAACUUCAAACUUCAGUGCUCAAGACCCUCUGACAUGUCAGCAGCAGACUUACAUCCCUGUGUCGGCUCCACAACCAACAUGUGAUCCAAUACUUCUAGAGGUCCUUGUUUCACUGGAGACCAUCAAGCAACAGAACACCACCGUUCUUCAAAUACUGCAGUCGGGACACUCGUCUGCAGCGCCGCUCUGUGAACCUCCAGAUGUCGGGACACUUCCCCUUCCACUGCAGUCUGUACAGGACUUAAGAAGUUUGGAGCAGAGGCUUUCCACUGAGCCAGAGCUGAAGAAUAAAAUGACCUCCUACCUCAGUCUGGCUGGAGGGAUGACGACUAAAGAGAGUGUGUGGAGGAUAAUGGCCAAGCUUUUUACCAACACAUUGGCCAUAAACAUAAACUGGAGGGGAAGAAAUAACAAACAGAAAAUGGAGAACCUUACCAUCAAAAGAGUUAUCCUCAAUGCAGUCAGGCAGAAUUCGUUCUGCAAGGAUGCCGUUGAUGAGGAGAUAGAGAGCUACAUGAAGCGCUGGCUGCAGCUGGCAGCAGACCGAGACGGAGGACGGAAAAGAAGGCAAGAAAAGGGCAAGGAGACAAACAGCAUGCAAGAUUACUGUGUGGACGAGAUGUUCACUCAUGAGAUGGAGUAGUGUAACCUACGUCUGCAACAGUGGCAUGCAAAAGUUUGGGCACCCCUGAUCAAAAUUUUAUUUGAGUAGUUAAGUAAGUAGAAGAUAAGCUGAACUCCAAAAGGCAUGAAGUUAAAGAUGACACAUUUCCUCAAUAUUUUAAGCAAGAUGAACUUUUAAUUUCAAUCUUUUAAAUUUUCAAAAUAACAAAGAAGGGAAAGGGCUUGAGGCAAAGGUUUGGGCACCCUGCAUGGUCAGUACUUGGUAGCACCUAGGCUUCUAAACGCUUCUUGUAUCCAGCUAAGAGUCUUUCAGUUCUUGUUUGGAGGAUUUUCACCCAUUCUUCCUGCAAAAGACCUCUAGCUCUGUGAAAUUCACGGGUCGUCUUACAUGCACUGCUCUUUGAGGUCUCUCCACAGAUUUUUAAUGAUGUUUAGGUUGGGGGACUGUGAGGACCUCUGCAUAACCUUCAGCAUGCUCCUCUUGAGGUAGUCCAUUGUGGAUUUGGAGGUGUGUUUAGGAUCAUUGUCCUGUUGUAGAAGCCAUCCUGGAAUUUAACUGAAUCCAUUCUUCCCUCUACCUGUGAAAUGUACAGCGUGCCAUUGGAUGCAACACAAGCCCAAAGCAUGAUCGAUCCACCUCCAGUGUUUAACAGUUGGACAGGUGUUCUUCUUUGCUCAUUGCAUCCUUGAAGUUCUGUUUUAACUUCAUCAGUCCACAGAACUUGUUUCCAAAAAACAUCAGGCUUGGUAAGAUGUUCCUUUGCAAACUUCUGAUGCUGAAUUUUGGGGUGAGAAUGCAGGAAAGGUUUUCUUCUAAGUGUUCUUGUUCUUCCAGACCCCAACUUGACCUCCACAGUUCCUGUUACUUGCCAUUUCUUAAUGACAUGACAAACUGAGGAAGCAGCUUCCUGAAAACACUUUGCUAUCUUCUUGUAGUCUUCUCCUGUUUUGUGGGCAUCAGUUCUUUUAGUUUUCAGAGUACUAGGCAGCUGUUUAGAUGAACACAUGGUUGCUGGUUGUUGGGACAAGGUUUCAGGAGUCAGAGUAUUUAUAAAGCUUUGAAAUUUGCACCAUGGCUGAACAAGCCACAGCCCUAACAAGCUAAUUAUGUCCUGAGACCCUGUGAAAGUUGUCUGAGAGCUCAAAUGUCUUGGGAUGCCCAAACCUUUUGUGUGGUGCUCCUUUACUUUUUUCACUCUAAAAUUGAAGACAAAACUAAUACACUGAUCUUGCUUAAAAUGUUGAAAAGCAUGUUUAAUCUUUAACCUCAUGCCUCUUGGACAUCAGUUCAUCUUCUACUUACUUAACUACUCUCAGUAAACGAAAUUUUGACCAGGGGUGCCCAAACUUUUGCAUGCCACUGUACAUCAUGCAAAUAACAACACUUAUUUUGACCCUUGCUCAUGAACACACAGUGCCUGGUUGCAAAAAAAAUAUCCACAUGACUGAUUUCACUUCUAUCAUCUCAUGUUUAACUGUCAUAGGAUCUAAAGUUAUCAUAGUAACAGAGUACACUAAUAAACAGUUUAACAUGUCUGUUGCCACAUGUAAAUGCAUGCAUACACACACAAAACUACACACACUCUUCCCUUUAUCUGUUUAGUGUCUUGUAGGUAAGGUAGUAUCUGAUAGACACAAACAAAAAAGUAAAGCUCUUUUUUAAAAUCAAAUCAAAUAGAAGAGUUAUACCUUCACUAUUAUUGUUGUCAUUGCUCUCUAGGGUUCAAUAUUAAUUGCACUUAUGCUUUAAUUUUAAAUCUUAUGUUGAUAUCAGUUUAUAAUGUUGUUGUUGAUCAUAUUUAUUUCGACUCCAGAGAAUGUGUUUGUCGAAGUCAUGAUUAGCAGGCCUCAUAGCAUUAGCAUUUAGCAACUUUUCAUAUUAGGAAUAUCAUUUCAAAAUAAUGUUAAGAUGUCUGUUUAGAUAAAAUGUACAUAGCUAUGUGUUUCUUACAGGAAAUGUAUUGCAGAAAACCAGUUUUAGCUACUGUUAAAUUUGUGAUACCAAUAAAAUCACAU